GGCUCCCCUCGCCUGCGGCUUCGCUCUCCUCGUGCGCUCUGCCCGGCCGCCCCUCGACGGAGAACAGCAGGCUGGCGACCAUGAAGCUCUUGGUGACUCUAGCCGUGCUGGCCCUGGUGUCGGCUCAAGCGCUGGCCGACCAGCUGGGGGACAACGACGAGCUGAGCUACUUCGCCGACUGGUCCGACGGCGACCAGAACAAAGAGGAGCUGCCCUUUUCCUUUGAGCACUUUCUCCAGAGAAUUGCCAGGCGACCCAGACCUCAGCAGUUUUAUGGAUUAAUGGGAAAGCGAGAUGCUGGAUAUGGCCCACUGUCUCAUAAAAGACAUAAAACAGACUCAUUUGUUGGACUCAUGGGCAAAAGAUCUUUAAAUUCUGGAUCUUCUGAAUGGAACACAGCACAGAUUUAUGAAAGGAGACGUAAAUGAGACCAUUCCUCCCUCCCCCACUCAUUAUUUAUUGAACUUUGUUUGUUUAAAUGGCCAAUUUAGGGUAAUAUAAAAUAGCCAUUGUAUGGAAGAAUUCUUUAUUUAAUAUUGGUCAUUGUAAAUUCAAUAAAAAUUAUUUUUCCUCCUAUUGUGGCAGCGAUACAUGCAACGUACAAGUAAUGUGGUGGAUUCUGCUAUGACAACACUGAACAGAAUACAGAAAUCAGUUGGUGUUUCACAACAAAGCACAUUCUUUGAUAUAGUCUGUAAAAGAGAUGUUCACCAAAUUAAAAAAGUGAGAAAGAACUGGAUUUUUUUGUUAGUUUCAAGAAAUCGUAUAUGCUUCACUACCAACGCCAAGUUAAUCUGGUAUCGAGUGCCUCAAUGUCUGCAUAGCAACAGUGUACUGUAACUUCGGUAGCCAAAAUAUAUUUGUAUCAUUGCA